GUUCGAAGCAACUCGACGCCGAGACGCCCACAACGCCACAACCACAAAUAGCUAUCAUUGUCGCAGUGUUGUUACAGUUGAGAGAUGACAGAUCAAAAGAAGCAUCGGGUUGACGGUGAUGAAUCGACGGGACAUAUCAUGGUAGUAGGCGAUGUGGCGUCCACCAACAUGCAGCCUUUGCAAUCGGCGAUUGAAACUGGGGAUGAUGGAGCCAUCACAGCUGCCUUGAGUCAACUCCUGGACGAAUCAAAAGAUGAAAGGGUCUUGAUGGACCGGAUACCUGUGCUAGUGUCAAUCAAGGGAGGCGAUGGAGAGGAGGAGGAAGAAGAAGAGGAUGAUGACAAGGAGACGACAAUGGUUGAAGAAACUGCUGAGACUUCACCAGAGGACACUUCUAUCCAAAUGUUUUCACUUAUUGUCACGUCGGAACGAUGUCUGUUUGUUGCCUCCUCACAAAGCCAUCAAAACGAUGCUGAAACAUCCAGCAGCAACAUUGAGACUAACCCUUCCAAGUUAGGUGACAGCUUUCAAGUGGAAGCAGAAUCCAUCCAACUGCAUGCCCAAUCCUCGGAGCCGGUGUCAGUGUACCUACAAGUGGAGGUCGCAGAUGAAGAGUCCCUUCCUCAAGAAAUUACCAUUUUACCAGGCAAAAAAUACGAGGAAGAGGAAAAAACGAAACUCUGUGAAACACUAUUCGAAAACAUUACCCAACUCAUUGAACUGCAUCCAAUACAAGACGAAAGUGGCAGCGCGACUGGCAUGAUGGGAAUGAUGAACAAUAUGAUGGCAAUGAUGGGGGAGCAGCAGCAAAAUCCAAUUAUCAUGGGAGUAGACAACAAUGACAAUCUGGAGGCAACACCAGAAGAACGGGCUGUCAUGUUGGAAAGAUUAGACAACAUGUUGGUGGUCAAACCGGGGUUGGAAGUCGUCAACGGACAAUUUUCAGACGCAGAGGAGGAUUACGAUGAAGAGGAAACAGUUAAGCAGCAGCAGAAACCAACAGCAAUCCAAGAACCAUCCAAAAAUGAAGGACAGAGUGCGGCAGAUGGGAAACAAGCCACUGGGCAGUUCGAUGAUGUGGAUGAUCAAGGUGAUCCUUUGUUGUGAUAGGCACACCGCUUCCAUGUAUACAAUUUCUCGACACAUGCGAAGACUGUAGUAAAGCUUCUCUCUUCAUAUAGUGCUUUGCAAACUGUAGUG